AUGUUGUUUGUGACCCGCGGAGAAAUGUCCUGGAAGUCUCUCUUCACCGCAGUGCUGUUCGCCAGGGCUGCUGUAGCAGCCCCAAGCUCAAAUUUCAAAGCCUUGCAGCAGUGUGUUAGCGGUGCUCUCGCGGCAGGAGGCAAUGUCGCGAAGCGUGUGCAAUCGCCUGCAAAUGCGACCUGGGACGAUGCAUAUAUUGGUGCUAUCAUCAAGCCAGAGACUCCCGCCAUGAUCACUUUCGCCGAGAGUUUCACUGAAGUGGGCGCGUUGAUGGGAUGUGCCAACAGCACUGGUUAUCAGGCUGUGCCUCGGUCAGGACGGCACCACUUCGAAGGCUGGUCCGCGCUCAAUGGCUCUCUGGUCAUCGAUGUAUCCUCCCUCAGCUACGUCAAAGUCUCCAGUGACCUCAGCAAUGCGACAAUUGGGGCUGGCACAAACCUUGGCCAAAUAUACACGGAGUUGAGCGUGGUGAACAAGACGUUUCUGGGGGGAAUCUGUCCCACCGUGGCACUGGGAGGAUACCUUGGUGUUGGAGGUUACAGUCUCCAGCACCGAGCUCUUGGGAUUGCCGUCGACCAGGUGCUUUCCUUCAAGGCACUUUUGGCCAGCGGCGAGCUUGUCACCGUGUCUCCAACCUCAUAUCCAGAUCUGUGGUUCGCUGCACGAGGCGGUGGCCAGUACGCCUUCAUCGUCGAGGCGACAGUGAAGAUCCUCACCUUGCCACGAUCCGCCAUGGUCGUUGGCUUCUAUAACAAUUCGGACACCCGUUAUGAGGUGGCCAGGAAAUGGCUUGACUGGGCACCGACUGCGCCAAAAGAACUCACAACCCAGCUCAACGUCUAUAACAACCGUACGCACCUGAUUGGCUGGUAUCUAGGUGGUACUCCUGAACAGCUCCGUGGAGCCCUGAACAAGUCAGGUCUUUUGGAGGUCCCAGACGGUAUUGUUUCCAUCGAUGGCAACUGCAGCACGGCGAAUUCGCGCAUGUACUGGCAAGACCCUUCAACAAGGUGCACCGAUGAUGCGUCGGCCUACCAGGCUUUCCUCAAGGUGUACAACACCGAGGCAAUCAACCUGACUCCAAUCCAGCCGGUCUUCCGGCUCGACAACGCGCCAGCCAUACCAUCUCAACCGGUUGCCGAGCCAUGGCCCCGCUUCGGUGUCAUCAGUAAGACGUAUUUCACCCAGAGGAGCAAACCCAUCGCAAAUGACACUUUGAGGGAAGUCAUUGAUAGUUCUGCAAAGUUAGGCCCCGACGCCGGCUUCUGGGGCGAAUGGACCAGCUUCGGUAUCGCCAACCCGACCACAACUUCAGCCUUCCCAUGGUUGAAGGAGGCACAGGCUUUGAUGCGAAUCGAGAUGAAUUCGCCAAAGAACGUCACCGAGUACAACCAGAAUCGUGCAUGGCUGUUGAACUUUGAGAAGUUCUUCCGUCCCAAAGUAGGAAAUGCGAGCUAUGCGGGUUAUGUCGAUGCUGACAUCAGUAUCAACCCUCUGACUGCAUUCUACGGCAAUAAUACCUGCCGAUUGAUCAGCAUUAAACAGAAAUAUGACCCCAACAACUUCUUCCGAAACCCAUUCUCGGUCCCUACUAAGGCACCAAAGGGCAUCACUUGCUGA